ACGGAUAAAAGUCCUCACCGGUUCGGCAGCCAACGAGUGGACCUGUCCUCUUUUCUGGAGUGGAGAGUGUAACAUCUUCUGCAUCAUUUUAAAAAGAUUUACCGUAAUAGACUAACUUUUAUUUAGGUUUAUUAUCAUAAAUCAUGGCUGUGUACAAGUUAGUGCUGAUUCGUCACGGAGAGAGCAACUGGAACCAGGAGAAUCGGUUCUGCGGCUGGUUCGAUGCAGAUCUGAGCGAAACCGGAGAAAAGGAGGCGAAGAGAGGUGGACAGGCCCUGAAAGAUGCAGGCUUUCAGUUUGACAUUUGUUACACCUCUGUGCUGAAGCGAGCCAUCAGGACACUGUGGCUAGCCCUGGACAGCAUUGACCAGAUGUGGGUGCCGGUGCAUCGGACCUGGCGGCUCAAUGAGCGUCACUACGGAGGCCUGACGGGACUAAACAAGGCAGAGACUGCCGCCAAGCACGGAGAGGCUCAGGUGAAGAUCUGGAGGCGCUCGUUUGACAUCCCACCUCCCCCCAUGGGCCCAGACCAUGACUACUACAGCAUCAUCAGCAAGGAUCGUCGCUAUGCAGAUCUGACCGAGGACCAGCUUCCUUCCUGUGAGAGCCUUAAGGACACCAUUGCACGGGCGCUGCCCUACUGGAAUGAGGAGAUAGCCCCUCAGAUCAAACGGGGAAAGAGGGUGCUCAUCGCUGCUCAUGGAAACAGUCUGAGGGGGAUCGUUAAGCACCUGGAGGGAAUGUCCGAUGAAGCCAUCAUGGAGCUGAACCUGCCAACAGGCAUCCCCAUCCUCUACGAGCUCGACAAGAACCUGAAGCCCGUGAAGCCGAUGCAGUUCCUGGGAGACGAGGAGACUGUAUGCAAAGCCAUGGCGGCCGUGGCCGCUCAAGGAAAAGCCAAGAAGUAAAGACGGAGAAAAGCCAGCUCUGUGUAUGACAGAGUGGGUUGUCCCUAACACCUGACCUCAGAUUAGUGUUUUUCCUAAAUCCUAAUUUAUUUUGGAUUGUAAUACAUGAAGAGUACACUGCAGAUUGUUGUCAAAGGCAACCUCACUCUACUUGCACACUGCAGGGAUAGUAGAUGGUGAAAGAUUGGGAUAUAUUAGGGCCAGGGGAGCCAUAGCUCUCAAGAGAUUGUAAAGAAUUUUGCUAAAAUGGUCCAUUAAUAUGACAACCUCUGAGAAUGUAGCACUGAAAUGAAAUUAAUAGCAUUGCUGAUAAAGACAGUUUCUUAUCUCUUUACUUGAAUAUUUAAGUAGUAGCCCUUUUAAUGAUUAAAACAUUGUCAUCAAAACACACAACAUAGUUUGAGAAAGACAAGAGUCUAAUGCUGUGGUGCCCAAGGCUGGGAUGUUGAAUGUCAGAGCUGAUGAGAGUUUUGAUGCCACACACACACACACACACACACACACACACACACACAUAUAAGGUUGACAACACAAUUAAGACAAACAGAGGAGAAUAAGCAUCUGUUUGCCCAUGUGUAUACUGUAUGUUUCUUUGAGAUACUGUUUUACAAAUGCACUUAUGGUCUUAAGAAAGUUAUGGUCUGAUUAUACUGACUUCAUCAUUACCUGCCUGGGACAACAGUAUUAUUUAUCAGAUGACUUAGGCAGUGGGAUAUUGUUGUCUAUUGUAAUGUAAUUUAAAAAAUACUUAAUUUUAUUUACGCUCUAUGGCAAUUUUUAGAGUUUGUGUGAGACUUUUUUUUAACAUGAAAGGGACCACUGUUAAGGAUAGACAGAAUAUUUUCUAUCUCACAUUUCAAAGCAUUUAAUUGAUGCAUUCCACUGAUGAAGGGAUGCAAUUCUGCAGUCUCUUGAGAGCAGGAUGGGACAGUUAGGACCUCAGUCCUUUUCUCUUACUUUAAGUAGUAUUUGUGUCGUGUCCUACUAUGUUAUUUGUGCGGUGUCUGACCAUUUGUAUUUUUUCUCUGUGUGUUUCAUCAAGUUUAGUCCAAUUUUAAUGGUGCCUAACACUGCAGUAUUGCACUGUAUAAGUGAUAAACCCAUUAUUUUGAUUAAAGCCAGCCAGCUUCACAGUACUUUAACCGAAGAUACGGUCUAAAUUUUCUGUGUUUGACUGCCAUAAGUCUGUCUCUGCCUCUUGGUGUCAUAGUAUUUACGUGCCUCCACCUCCUCUUCCUACCGUAAAUGCCUAGGCUGGCCUCACUGCCUAAUGAGGAAGCAGUGGUGGUUUUAAGAAAACAGUCUGCUAAGAUUUGGUUUGAAAUGUCCCAUUGUGUCUUACAGUACUGCCAUUUUUCUUUGUUAAAUGUAAAUCCCUCUGUGCUGAUUAAAUGUACCCCGAACCUCUGAUGGUAAUAAAUGUACACAUCUAA